UUUUUUUUCUUAUUCUCAUCAAAGACGCGUUUUUUUUUUCAUUAUUAUUAUUAUGACAAAAAAAGAGACAAAACCCAUUUCAAAAGAUAAAGAAGAAGAAAUGAGCUCGGCAUUAAUUGCUCAGUUAUUAGCAGAAGAUGCCAUGAUACAAGGCAAUGAUAGUUACUAUGCCGAGUACAGCAACGAUAACCGAGGUUAUGAUCCAUAUCAAAUGCAUGAAGAAUAUGACGAUAGUUAUGAAGAGAAUUCUGAGGACGACUUUGAUCCACGUAAAAAAAAGAACGUUAAACCAAGCACAGGUAAACGAGGCAGGAAAAAGAAAAUAGUGUCCCAGCCCAUCAUGGAAACUUCAGAAGAAGUCACGGAGAUAGAGCCCAAGAAACCAGAAGAACGUGUCAGUAAAAAGCCUAGGAAGCCUGUUCCUGAAGGGUACAAUACAGGCGUUUAUACUGACAUGGAAGAAAAGCAUUUCUUAGAAGGACUUGAUAUGUUUGGUCGAGAUUGGACAAAACUUCAACGACAUAUUGGUACAAGAGAUGCCAAUUCGAUUCGAAGUCAUGCUCAAAAGCAUUUUAUCAAAAUGUUUAGAGACAAUAUUCCUUUACCUCCCAAAGUCAGAGAAUCAGGGGAAGGUUAUACUUUGUCUGGAAAACCUUUGGACCCUAAUUCUGCUGCUGCUAAGCCUUAUUUAGGACGCUUAAACACACCCAAGGAGAAUAAUGUAGAGCCAAUGGUUGAAGAAGUGGCAAAAGCAGUCGAGAAACAAACUGAGACUUUGCAAAUUACCGAAAAUAAACCAAACACAAGCACUACACCUUCUCCUACCCAAUCCUCAACUACAGAUCAUUCAGACAUACAUUAUGAUGCUAAAGGAAGAACCUCUUAUUCUUCUUCCCGUCUAAGAAAACAACGCGAGUCUGUCAAUUAUGGUCAAAUCAGUAAAGACGAUGAUCCUUUGACCAUGAUCAAAUGUGAACCAUUUACAGGCAAACCAGGCACUGGUGCACUCGGUAGCCAACCUUUUGAAUUGGCUGUGGAAUCCAAUGUGUUAUUGGCCAUGGAUUUCCACGCUCAUCUGAUGACUACCGAAAUCAUUGGUUUCUUGGCUGGUGACUGGGAUAAAGAUACCAAACAGUUGGUGGUCAAAGAAGCCUAUCCUUGUCGUUCGAUAGAAACAGGCCAAAAUGAUGUGAAUGUUGAAAUGGAUCCUACCAGUGCCAUUGAGACACGUCAAUUGAUUGAGGAACGUAACAUGAAGGUCGUUGGCUGGUAUCACUCACAUCCUACCUUUAUACCCGAUCCUAGUUUGGUAGAUAUUGAAAAUCAAAGAAACUAUCAAAUCCUUUGCCGAGAGGAGCAUGUUCAUUCUUUAGAGCCUUUUGUGGGUGCAAUUGUGGGCCCUUAUGAUCCUGCUUUGCCGGGCUCUGCUAGUGUGAUCAAUUGGUUUCAUGUCAAUAAUGCUCAUAGUGAUCGACCUAUUCCUAAGCGAUUGGUGUAUGAAUUGAAAGAAAACGAUAGUCUAUCACAAGAAGCAGAAGAGAGAAUGUUUGCUUUAUUAGAUGUAUAUAAAAACUCGCCUGAAAAAGUAGUGUUUGCAGAACAUUGGCGUCAAGAUGUAUCUGAGACAAAACUACAGAAAAUAAUCAAGAGUCUAGGAUCACGGAUACCUUGGGUCCAAAAACUAAUAAAACAAGAUGCUGCAAUUGAUGAUGUGUUUCUACAAAGAGUCCAAACAAGCUUAAAGGAAUGGUAAAAAUGAAGGUUUUGCAUGUUUAAUGUGUCUGAUUGGUUAGUAUGUUGACAAGCCACACAAAAAAAAAA